AUGCACGCAAGGCAGGCGGGGCGCGGCGCGGGCUCUCCGAGGGGUGACACCGUGCUCUCCGGCGGUUCCAGAGCGGCGGUCGACCGAGGACAGCCGCCCCAGACGGCAGGGCCUGCGGCGCCCGGACACUCUAGUCUCGUGCCCCGUAAGCGUUUCCACUCCACGCUCCCGACAAGCACCCAUAAUUUUACCAACUAUCUUUUUGUCAUUUGCGUAUUUGCUGGUUUGUUUUGCAUACUGACAAGAUUUUCUUUUCUUUUAGUUGGUCGAAUUGUUUUAGAAUUAUUUGCAGAUAUUGUACCCAAAACUGCAGAAAACUUUCGUGCAUUAUGUACAGGAGAAAAAGGCAUUGGACUCACGACUGGGAAACCUCUUCAUUUCAAAGGAUGUCCUUUCCAUCGAAUUAUUAAGAAAUUUAUGAUUCAGGGUGGAGACUUCUCAAAUCAGAAUGGAACUGGUGGAGAAAGUAUUUAUGGUGAAAAAUUUGAAGAUGAAAACUUUUAUUAUAAGCAUGAUCGCGAGGGUUUAUUGAGCAUGGCAAAUGCAGGCCACAACACGAAUGGUUCCCAGUUCUUCAUCACCACAGUUCCAACCCCCCAUCUGGAUGGCAAACAUGUGGUGUUUGGCCAAGUAAUUAAAGGAAUAGGUGUGGUGAGGAUACUGGAAAAUGUAGAAGUAAAUGGUGAAAAACCUGCCAAAUUGUGCGUUAUUGCAGAAUGUGGAGAACUGAAAGAAGGUGAUGACUGGGGAAUAUUCCCGAAAGAUGGCUCUGGAGACAGCCAUCCGGAUUUCCCUGAGGACGCAGACGUGGAUUUCAAAGAUGUAGAUAAAAUUUUAUUAAUAGCAGAAGACUUGAAAAACAUUGGAAAUACUUUUUUCAAGUCUCACAACUGGGAGGUGGCCAUUAAAAAAUAUACAAAGGUUUUAAGGUAUGUGGCUGGCGCAAAGGCUGUUUUGGAAGAAGCAGACAAUGCCAGGCUGCAGCCUGUGGCCUUGAGCUGCGUACUCAAUAUUGGUGCGUGUAAACUGAAGAUGGCAGAUUGGCAGGGAGCAGUCGACAGUUGUUUGGAGGCUCUCGAAAUAGAUCCAUCAAAUACCAAAGCACUGUAUCGCAGAGCUCAAGGAUGGCAAGGAUUAAAAGAAUAUGAGCAAGCAUUGACUGAUCUUAAGAAAGCUCAAGAGAUAGCACCAGAAGAUAAAGCUAUCCAGGCAGAACUGCUGAAAGUCAAACAAAAGAUAAAGGCACAGAAAGAUAAAGAGAAGGCUGUAUAUGCAAAAAUGUUCGCCUCAUAAAUAUUCACUUUUGCCUGAGUAUUAUGCAUAGGUUAAGGCAAUAAGACAAUGUAAGAGUUAUGUCUAUCUGAUCUCUGCGUUUCCUUUGACACUUCAGUUCAUUGUUUACAGCUUAGAAAUACUGUCUCCCUCUUAAUAAAAAAUG